CACAAAGUCGUUAGUGAACUCUCUUUCUAUAAACCUCUUCCGGAACAGAUUAAGGAAAUUAAGAAGAUGAAAUAAACUAGAUCAGUUGUCCGCCUCAAGCAGCCUCGACCUUAUAAUAUGAUCCACAAUGUUUAAACCGUUUCCGUUGAUCCGAGCGUGUGCGAUGACGUCUGUUCAGACCUCAGACCAUUCAUGGUACCCAGAGGUACUCGCCAUCCCACUUCAUUCCGAAGCUCCCAGGCACAAACUACCCCUCCCAACAGCGCCGACAGCGAAAGUCGGAGGCAUUCAUUGGCAAUAGCUGCCCGGCCUCGGGGGCCGCCCGCUAAGACAUCGUAUGUACUCCUUGGUACCAUUUCUAGAACCAAAAGAGGCAGGCACACGCAAGCACCACUCAUGUGAAGAUCCAAAACCUUUUGCCUCCUCUAUCUUUCUUCUCUGCUCAUCACACAUCAUUGUAUAUCAUUGCCAUUCCAAUCCGCGCUCUGCAUCUUAUCCGUAUUUUUACUUUGGAGGAUAGGAUCUCAGACGCUGUAAUCUUUAUCGUCCGCGGAGGCCACCUGGAGAUCCAGGAUAGUAAGAGGCUAUGACGGUCAACUCGUCGACAACAAUGAAAUCGGGUCACUCAGAAACGGGCGCUCGAUGGCUGCCCGCCAUUGACUAUCCCAGCGGUUCCAAGCAUGGCUUUUGGUAUCCCCAAACAAGCACAAUAAACUGGUGCGAGGAGGACUAUUAUGCGACUAUAUACGCAGCGGAAAUUGUCAACACGUUGACAAACCUUCUAUUCAUGUAUCUUGGCAUCAAAGGAGUCCGAAACUGUCUAAAACAUGGGCAUGACACGGUCUUCAUGAUAACCUUUCUGGGAUACCUGGCUGUGGGGACUGGAAGCUUUAUGUUUCAUAGCACCCUGAAGUAUCCAUGGCAGCUAGUUGACGAGCUCUCCAUGAUAUACACGACAUGCCUGAUGUGCUAUGCAUGCUUCUCAUUCAACCAAACCCGCCGAUUCUGCCAGGGUCUGGCUGCUGGACUGACAAGUCUCUGUAUAUUUAUAACAGGUUAUUAUCAUUAUCUUCAGGAUCCCACGUUCCAUCAGAAUGCGUAUGCGAUCCUUACAGCCAUCGUGGUGUUCCGGAGCAUGUAUGUGAUGGAGAUCAACAUUCGGCCAUCACUCCGGGCCAAAUAUGGCCAAGCAUCCCCAAAUGGCAAAGUGAGCGCCGAAGAUGCCAAGAGAGACAAACAAAUCCUUCGGGAUAUGUGGCUGAUGAUUGGCCUGGGGCUUACCGUAUUCCUUGGAGGUUUUGGUAUAUGGAACUUGGAUAAUUAUUAUUGUUCGACCGUUCGACGUUGGAGGCACGAUAUUGGCCUGCCCUGGGGUAUAUUGUUGGAAGGCCAUGGCUGGUGGCAUCUGAUGACGGGAACUGGAGCCUACAUGUCUCUCGUGUGGGGCAUUUGGCUUCGUCACUGCCUUAAUGAGCGCCAAGAUGAGUAUGAACUGUCCUGGCCAAGGACGUUCACGUCUUUACCUGAAAUUGUUCGCGCCAAUCCAGAGAAGUGGAAGGGGGCCGCAGAAUCGAAGAAAAGGCUUUGAGUCGUUGGAUACUGGAAAACCGAAAGGUUGAGGACUUUUAGAAUUGCACGCUAGAGUAAAUAUGAAUCCAUACUGCCA